UUGUUGCUCAAAUGUCUAACGUAGAAGUUGAGAUUGGAUAUCUUGAAACAGGUCGUUCAAAAUUAUCUCUAGACAAACAAAUAUGGGAUCACAAAAAACUCAACAGGCUUGGCAAAGAUUCUAUUGAUGUAACUAAGUUAUCAAAAUAUAAGAGAAAAUUUGAAAAAUUGGUGAUGAGAUACAUGUCAAUAUUUAUAAUCAACGUUGCCGGAGAUGUUGUGGAAACAGCAAUUGCAUAUACUGUGCAUAAAAUAUUGAAUAGUUCUGAGGAUUCUAUGGAGCUGGAAUCGGCUAUUUCAGAAUCCUCAGAAAUGUUAAUUACUGUUUCAUCACCAUCGUCACUAAAAAGAACGUCUGUUGUAUUAGAGGAAGACUAA